UAAACAUUACAGAUCUCUUCUUACAGACAAAAAAAAAUAAAAUAAUUCUCUCUCCUCUGUUUCUUGAUUUAGGGUUCAUCAUCAUGCCGGACAAAAUGGUUGAUUCUCCUCGAAAAAGGUAUUCACGAUCCCCUUCACCACAUGCAACUAGGUCUCAAUCCAGAUCUAGGUCAAGGUCAAGGUCAAGAUCCUUGUCAAGGUCAAGAGGGAGGUCCAGGUCUAGAAGUCGUGGAAGGUCCAGGUCCAGAAGCCGUGGAAGGAAUAAUGCUAAUAAUCCUGGAAACACGCUUUAUGUGACUGGGUUAUCUACAAGAGUUACUGAUAGAGACCUUGAAGAUCAUUUCUCUAAGGAGGGAAAGGUAGCUGAUUGUUCCCUUGUUAUGGAGCCACGCACUCGCAUCUCUCGUGGUUUUGCCUUUAUUACGAUGAAAACUCUGGAGGAUGCUGAUCGUUGCGUCAAGUACCUCAAUCAGUCGGUUCUGGAUGGUCGAUGUAUUACAGUUGAAAGGUCAAGGAGAAAGCGUCCAAGAACUCCCACCCCUGGCCAUUAUCUGGGGCUGAAAAACAUAAGGGACCGUGGUCAUUAUAACGAUCGUGAUCAGUAUCGAGGUGGAGGCCGCGAUGAUUAUGGGAAUCAAAGAUAUUCCAGACGGUCGCCAUAUCGUGGCGGCGGUGGUGGUGGUCGGGAUUACUCUCCUCCUCCUUCUAGGCGAUCGCCCCAUGGUGGAAGAUCAAGAAGGGAGAGGUCGAGAACUCCUCCUCAUCAUAGGUAGGCAAGGAAAAUUAUGAUGUGUGAUCUGCUGGAGAGAUGACUGAUCUUUCCUUAAUCAUAUAUACUUUUGCAUGGGAUGAUGAUUCUGAACUUCUGAUGGUGUUUUUCUUAGUUUAUGGUAAAUCAGCCAGUAACAUCUGCAUUGAAUAGUUUGUUGUUUUUUUCUUCUUUAAAAUGACUAUUUAUUAUCUAUGCUUGUAAGUGAGAUUUAAUUAAACUUAUGAAGUGACUCUUAAAUUAUUA